ACAAGCUUACAAUUCAAUUCUAAUUCUUGUGUUUUUCCAAAGAUUUUUGUUCAUUAUUACACUUAUGCAUAGUUCCAACCCUAAUUAAAGAAUCCAUAGAUUGAUCUUCACUUCAGAACUACUAUUCAUUCUUUUUCGACUUUUUUUCCCUUAUACAGCAAUUUUAUCUUUAUUUUUCACUAGAUUACAUCAAUUGACAUCUAACAUCGUUGCAAACGGAAACACCCUUGUCCUCGAGCACCUUCUUCCACAGCCCAUCUGAUAGAACCAACGGCAUUUUCGGCAUUUGCUCGAUAUCUACACCAUUAUUUCAAGCAAGCGAUCACACCCAAGUCUUGGAAUUGUGAUCCAACCUGUCUUUCCCUUAUUGUCUGAGGCAAUUGUCCCUACCCUUCUGUGAAAUAAUUAUACACGUCUUCCACAGACACUGUCGUGGUAGUAUUAAGUGGAACUGUUCAAUUUUAGCCUCCACACGGUGUCUAUUAUCGCCUUGGAAAAUUGACUUCACUAUGUACUUGUAGUAGAAGGAUGUCCUCCGUACCUGAACAAAAUCCUGGCAGCGAUAACAACACACUAUCCAAUUCCACAACCAAGGUCACGGCUAAUCAAUAUCUUGAUUCAAAUGUCUUUGCUGCUCCACAACCAACCGCUCUGUCCGAGGCGACAAGCGCCCCGAACGAACAGACUUCAUCAGCACUUGGCUACUACCCCCAGUCGCUGCAGAACACCCAACAGCCUCCAGUUCACUACAUUGACCAUGGGUUUCAGCAGCGAGCGACUCUUCAAAUGGUACCCCAGCAGCAAAAUAUGAAUGUACAACAAUUGCUGCAACCGCCACAACAAAUACAACAGCCGCCGGUACAGUUCCAGCCUCUUGUAGUACAACAGCAUUAUUAUGCGCCUCCUCCCACAAACACGUCAGACUCGUUCUACCAACAGUCGCUUCACGACCUUUCUUCUUACGCAUAUGCACCCUCGGCAGUUCAGAUCAUGGGUUCUACUCCGGCAGUAGCUCAACCGUACCUUGUUGCGACGCAGCAGUACGACGCUUUCCAGCAACAGCAGCAAGCGCUGACGCUGCAGCCACAAGCACAAGCACAAGCACAGCUCACACAAUCCUCACAAUCCUCACAAUCCCAGCAAUUACAAACGUUGCAACAGCAACAGCAACAGCAGCAACAACUACAACAACAACAACAACAACAACAACAACAACAACAACAACAACAACAAUUGCAAAAAAUGGCACAGCCAUCUCCAUUGCUUCCUAGUAAUCCCACCUACCAGGCGCCAGCUCAAGGUUCAUACCAGCAAAGUAAUUACAUGCAAUUGCUUUUGGUACCGACUCAGAAACGACAGAUCUCUACACCAAAUGUAUUGGGCAGCUCAGUUUCUUCAAUUUCUGGAGAUCAAUCUGCUGUCGGACUGACUAAUGACCAAUUGAAUUAUAUGAACUCGUCGUUGCCGCCAUUGACUCCCUACGGAAAUAUUUAUUCAGGAAAUCUCCAACAGGGUCCUCUGCAGAGGUACCAGACACUGCAACUGGGCCAACAGCCCACCGUGUCAUUUCCAUUAAAUGCCCAGCAGCCAGUCUUGGGUCUUGGAAGUGGCCAGAUGUCUGGUCAAGCACCUCCCUACGUAAAAAUGGAUUACGAUUUCAGCGGUGCUACAGGAUCUUCUUUUUCUGUAAUGCCCAAUGUAGACGGAUCUAUAACAUCUGCUUCAUCUUCAGCCAAUGACAUACCAAAAAAAGGUCGGAGAAGAAGCAGCAAGUCUUCCCACAUUAUGACUCCAGAGACAGCCGAGAGAAAUCGAUGCAGAAUUUGCAACAAACAGUUCAAGAGACCUUCAUCACUUCAAACCCAUUACUACUCACAUACGGGAGAAAAGAUCUUCAAAUGUCCCUGGCCCGGUUGUGGGAGAUUGUUUUCUGUCAAGUCAAAUAUGACGAGACACUACAGACUUCACGAAAGAGAUUUCAACAAACAGAACGACAAGGAACUCAACCCCACUACCUUGCCCCGGGAUCUAGAGUUAUAUCCUUCCAAAAUCCUGUCCUCUAGCAAUCCUACUUCAACUACUACUACUGCUAAUAAUAAUGCAUUGGAGGGCAGCUACAAUUAUCAACAGCCUAACAUUAAAAAACAAAUACUGGAAUAAUCAAAAUUGAAAAAUCUACUGCCAACAUCUUAUAACCCCAGGACUACGAAAGAGCUGGUGUUGAAGAGAUUUUUCUAGCCAAUAGAACUAUUUCCCUCAAAAAAGGUAUUUACUGUCUGACAGGAAAAUAGAGUAAAGACAGAAACAUAUCGCCUGGGGAAUAUACAGAAUAGUCUUUCGACUACUCGAACUUAGCCCAUAGCUAGGAUGAUAGCGACCGGCAUCAUUCUGCAUGGGUCAAAUGUAUGUAUCAUUAGUGUAUAAUAAUACAAUAACCUGAAUUAUCUCUCCU